AUAUAUAUCGUGUAUUAAUUAUCGUGUAGCGUGUAAUUGAUAAUGGUUUCUACUUUGUAAGCACGCAGUACUUUCAUUUUCUUUAUUAAAAGCACAACAAACAAGUGCAAGCUGUUCGCGAUCGAGAACUUAUAAUAUUAGUAUUAUAAAAAUCCAUCGCAAUGUCUCAUUCACCACGGAAGUUUAUUUCUCAUUUAACAGCUAACAGAGGAGUCGAAGCUCGAGAAUUUCAAACCGAAAAUCCUCGCUUAGAGGCUGAUAUAUCUAGCGGCGACAGCGAGCGCCGCGCGUACGCCGCGGGGGACGCGCGCGCCGCGAGCGACAACUCUGCAUCAUUCGUUCAGGUGGUGGUACACAAGCAGCGCCUGGCCGCAGCGUCGAGCCCCUCAGCAGCGCCUCAGCGCGCGCGCACCACGCACAAGCCGAACCCCCCACAAACACCACCCACCCCUCUUACGGUGGGCGGCGACGCAGCGGCUGCGCUGCUCGCGCCUGCGCUCGCUGCGCUGCAGCGUCAACUAUGGGAUAAAGUCCAGUCACUUAAUAAUGCGCCUGCGCAAGCGGCGGGGCUCUACACGGCAGCGAUGCCAGAUGUUAAUGACAAGGGCUACACUGGCAGCCAGAAAACCAUGAAAAAUACUAUAUGGAAUAAAGUCAGCCGAUUAAAAGCGCAAGAUUUGGAUUCUGGAAAAGACAUGGCCCGCAUAGAGGUGUAUCAGUUCGAACGCGGCGCGGCACUGGUGUGCACACGGCGCGAUGUGCGCGUGUCGCACGUGGAGCGCGUGGCGCGACGACUGGGACAACCCGGCGCCGUGCUGCUGCGUGAACUGCUGGGCGCGAUACGCGUGCUGAUUGCUGCACCAUUGCACGUGGCCCUGCAGCUAGUACACUGCACAGCAGACAGCGCGCGUGAUUUUCUAGGCGGCGUGUCCGAUGCGUUACUCAAGCCCCUGUUGGUACUGGCCUUCAACGCGUUGUUGCGUCCACCACUGCUGCUGGUGGGUGCAACGUGCACAGCGCUGCGUGAGGCGGUGCAUCCCGCCGUGUUACUGCUGGGUGACGCGCUGGAAGCUGCAGCACGCCCGAUUGCUGCGUUACGCCUCGUGCAUGUGGAGCGUGGCUGUGCGUGCGCUUGCCGUGCCGCUCAGCACGUUUAGCGCCACUCAGCGCGUCUAUCGCUGCCAUGAUGAAUAUCGUCCCGUUUCACCUUGUUUUAUUUAAGGUGCAUAAGACGGGUCUGCCCGCGAAAUUCAAAUUUAAUUUGGUUUUUCGCAAUUUAUA